GCGUGACACUUGGUGUUGUUCUUUCUAAGAAGAAAAACAAUGAUUCAACAAAUGUCGAGGAACGUAUUAAUGAUAUUUUAAGCAAGCAUCCGCUUAUUGAUGGGUAUGUUUUGUAAUUCUUAAUAAGACACAAUUUUAUGGUUAGUGUUUAAGUAUGUGAUAUGCACUAUCUCAUUUAAAAUCUGCAUGUAGUUAACCCACUGAAAAUAAAUGUUGUUCACCUUUAUUACAUUCAGAAAUUUUACUUUUGUAUUUCAGGCACAAUGAUUUGUCUUGGCUUAUUCGCGCUAAUUUUCGAAACCAAAUAGGAAACAUUGAUUUGAAUAAUAUGACGCAAUACACAUUAAAAAACACAACAAUAUCACACACAGAUAUUACAAGACUGAGACAAGGCAAAAUUGGAGGACAGUUUUGGUCAAUCUACACAGAUUGUAAUCAUCAAGGUCUUGAUGCCAUAAUUGGAUUUUUAGAACAAAUUGAUUUAAUGAAUAGAAUAAUAUCAAAAUACAAUACCGUGUUUGAAUUUGCAUCUACCGCGAAUGAUAUACGUACUGCUUUCAGCAACAAAAAAAUUGCCAGUCUAUA